CCUGGAGGGGAAAAGGGAAAAGUCGCGUAUUUAAUGAAAUAAAAAUUAAUGGGUUCGCUUUAGCACAAUACGACGGUGUAUUCGGAUUCAGAUUCGGAUUCGGAUUCGGCUAACGGUGUACGGUUUACGGUGUGUUGUGUAAACAAAGUUGUAGUUAUAGUUUUAGUUUAAUUAGCUUCGCAUAAGCUGCAACCGGAUCUGAAACAGACCGUGGCAAGGAAAAUAAUAAUUGCAUUUCAUGUAUGCCAGUGUAAAUUUGCGUUCGUGUGUGCUAAGUUUACAUAUAGAGAGUGGAUAGUGUGGUUUCUAGUAUCCCUAUCCGAUUCGCGCCGUUAUUGUUAAUGCGCAGUGCAUUUAUUAAGGAAUCACUCUGAUAUCAGAACAACCUUUAAAUACCGUAUUAAAUCAAAAUGAAUAACAAGAUAUGGUGGCGAAUUCCGCCGAACAAUCGACUCGAGCGACUAGAUUCGGUAAACGGCUCCCAAGUGUAAACUUGACUCCCAUUACCACUGUGUAAAUACCAGAAAGUAAACCCAAAAGAACAAUAAUACUACUGUGGAGAACAAAAAAAAACGCACGAUACACUUAUUUGGAAGUGGAUUUAAGUUACAGUAAUGCCAGCCAAUGAACGACCAAUUGCGAUACAAUACAAAAACAUAAGCGAAAGGCAAAUAAAUGCAAAUUAAAACCAAAAAAAGCUAAAAAAAAAAAAAACCCGGGCUCAUGACACAAUUGGUCAUGUAUGUAAAUCGCGAAAGAUAAACAUAAUCCAUAUAAUAUCGUCCAAGUUGCGACGGUGGAAAAUGUGCAGUGCGGUUAUAUCCUAAAAAUGGAUCUGUUUUCCCUGCGAAACUGCCGCAGUUGUGUUCUCUUCUUCGAUCCCUGCAAAGUCCACGAAAAAAGUGCCCCCAAGAAGGUGCUGUGAAUGCCCAGCAAUCAGCACUUCAUCUAGAGAUCCUAAUCUUCUCCAGCUUUCGGAUCCCCACACAUCUCGACUAUAUCCUGGCCAAUCGGAGCAGCAGCCAUAAGUAGCAUAUAAUCCUGGAGCUUCACACCAAUGCGAUAUGGAUUGUGAUUACUCGAAGUUUCUGUACAAAAUUGGACCCGGCACCAUACCAUCACCGUGGACACCAGUGAAUGCCGGUCCUCCAGGUGCACUUGGAUCGGCAGACACAAAUGGCAGCAUGGUGGAUAGCAAAAACCUGGAUGUUGGUGAUAUGAGCGAUGACGAAAAGGAUCUAUCUUCCGCUGAUGCCGAAGGUGUAUGGAGCCCAGAUAUCGAGCAGAGCUUUCAAGAGGCUUUAUCUAUAUAUCCGCCGUGCGGACGUAGAAAAAUCAUUUUAUCCGACGAGGGUAAAAUGUACGGUCGCAACGAACUAAUCGCACGAUAUAUAAAACUGCGCACAGGCAAGACGAGAACCCGGAAACAAGUCAGCUCGCACAUCCAAGUGCUAGCUCGGCGAAAACUCCGCGAGAUCCAGGCGAAAAUCAAAGUGGAAACCAAUGGUGUGUCUUUGCAUUUAUUAAAUGAGAAAGAACAAACGUUGCAGGUCAUGAGCACAAUGACCAGUUCGCAAAUCGUGUCCGCCCAAGCGGCCAACAAUCUGGCAUUGGCUGCCUCCGCAUUAUCGGCAGCAGGUGGUGGUGGUGGUGGCGUCCACCACACCACGAGGCAUCUCAAUCUCAGUCUCCCACCACCCCCCACCCACCAUAGACACUCGUCGGCGGCGGCAGCAGCUGCUGCAGCAGCCGCAGCAGCAGCAGCAGCCGCCGCAGCAGCGGCAAUAGGCAGCAAUGUCCCUUCAGCCGCGUUGGUCCCCCCCGGACCGCCGGUUAUAGCGUCUACCACGUCGUCGUCGUCGUCGUCUGCAUCACCUCGACAGCAGCAACAGCAACAGAUACAGCAACAACAGCACCACUACCACCACCCAGCCCACCACCACCACCCAGCCCACCUCCACCACCACCAUUCCCAUCCCAAUUUGACGCACCUACCGCAUAGUCAUAUGCAUCCGCACCAUCACCAACAUGCGGCAGCCGUUGCAGCAGUGUACCAUCUACAGCAGCAGCAGCAGCAGCAACAGCAGCAACUGCAGCAGCAGCAGCAGCGGCCAAACCAUACGGACAACGAUCCAGUGGCACUGGGUGCUGGUGGGCCAAGUGAGGCGCCGCCAGCACCACCAGCGCCACCACCUCCUCCGCCGCCGCUGCACCACCCGCCGUUGUAUUCUGGCCAAUUCUGGCAACCUGGACUACAGCCAAGCACGUCCCAAGAUUUCUAUGAUUACAGCAUCAAGCCCUUCCCCCAGCCACCGUAUCCAGCUGGCAAAACGUCGACUGCGGUUUCCGGCGACGAAACUGGAAUUCCGCCCUCACAAUUGCCCUGGGAAGGACGAGCCAUUGCCACGCACAAAUUCCGCCUACUCGAGUUUACGGCGUUCAUGGAAAUCCAGAGAGAUGAUAUUUAUAACCGGCAUCUAUUCGUUCAACUUGGCGGCAAGCCAUCCUUUUCCGAUCCAUUGCUUGAGACUGUUGAUAUACGGCAAAUAUUCGACAAGUUUCCGGAGAAAUCUGGGGGACUCAAAGAUCUCUACGAAAAGGGUCCACAGAAUGCGUUUUACCUAGUUAAAUGCUGGGCGGACCUGAACACCGACCUAACGACCGGCAGCGAAACGGGUGAUUUCUAUGGCGUAACCAGCCAAUACGAAAGCAACGAGAAUGUCGUGCUCGUGUGCUCCACAAUCGUUUGCUCUUUUGGCAAACAGGUGGUGGAGAAGGUGGAAAGCGAGUACUCCCGACUGGAGAACAAUCGCUACGUGUAUCGCAUCCAACGCUCCCCGAUGUGCGAGUACAUGAUCAACUUUAUUCAGAAGCUGAAGAACCUACCGGAACGCUAUAUGAUGAACAGUGUGCUGGAAAACUUUACAAUAUUGCAAGUAAUGAGGGCCCGCGAGACGCAGGAGACACUGUUGUGCAUAGCCUAUGUGUUUGAGGUGGCGGCCCAGAACAGCGGCACCACCCACCACAUAUACCGUCUAAUUAAGGAAUAGCAAAAGCUGCACGGAGCAGAGCCCAACCUGUCUGCGAAUCCCAUCAUCAACACACAAGUUCACAAAUAUACCGACAACAGCAGCAGCAGCAACAAUAAUAGUAUCAAUACGUCUAAGCAUUGCGAUAAUAAGACGAGUAA